CAGUCCCACAGCGACCACCGCCGCCAUCGUCGCCUGCCACCCCGCCGCCCUUUCAUCCCUCCUCUUUCUUUCCCUUUCUUUCUUUCUUUUCGCCGGUCCAAAAGCCUCAACUUGGGACUUUGUACGAAGUCCUCCCGACAUUCUUUCCUUCGAUCAGCUUGACGCCGACGAAACACACCAUGCAUAUCCGACGUGAACCUGCUGUGCGGGCCCUUGGACACGGGAAUGCAUUUAUCGCGAACGGCGAGCAAGCGCAGGGACGUAUUUUGGAGGACAGGGCUAUCACGGUCACCAGCCUCGUAACGAGCACGGUUUCGGCGAGGCCUGCGGUGAGUGCUACGCAAGUCGCGAUCGGGGUCAUCCCAGCCUCGAUCGACCAGUCGCCCGCCUCGCCCACUUCCACCUCGACCUUCACCGUCACCGUGAAGCCGUCUACCUCGUCAGCGGCAAGCACGAGCUCGACGAGCGCGAAGCAGUCGUCUACGACCUCGUCGUCCGCGUCGCCCUCUACCUCGUCUUCCACAGCCCGUUCGACCUCGAGCACGCAGCAGACUACCAGCAGUCGCGCCUCGUCUACUUCCUCUAGCGCAGCGCCAUCCACCACGGCCCCCGCACCCGCCGCCACACCAGUUAGCGGAGGCAGCAAAGGCGCCACCUCGAGCGCGUCCAGCUCAGGGACCGCCGCCGAGUCCACCGCCUCCGCCGGCUCAAAAUCCGACAUGUCCACCGUCUCCUCCGCCGUGCACCGCUCCUCCGUGCCGCCAGGCGCCAUCGGCGCCAUCGUCGCCGUGGUCAUCCUCGUCGUGCUCGGCCUCGGCUUCCUCCUCGUGCGGCGGUACUUCAUCCGCAAGCGCCAGGCGCGCCGCAAGACAUGGGGCGCGGGCCUCGUCGCCGCACCCGACUUUUCCGACACGGAGCAGAAGUACGAGCAGGCGCGCGCGGCGGGCACGGCGCCGAGCAUCCGCUCGUACGGCGGCGCAGAUAGCGGCGACGCGCGCUCGUUCGUGGACCUGCCCAACCCCUACACUGCCGCGCCGAGCACGUACGCCGCCGCCAACGCGCUCGCCGCGCCCGCGAUGUCGUACAACAACCCCGCGCCGCCGCCGGUGACGCCCUCGGUCAGCAUGCCCGUCAACGCGGCGGGCGCGGCGGCGCUCGCGAACGCGGCCGUCGUGCGCUGCACGUUCAUCCCGAGCCUGCCGGACGAGCUGUCGAUCACGACGGGCGAGACGGUGCGCGUGAUCGGCGAGUACGACGACGGGUGGGCGCUGUGCGUGAACGGGCGCGGCGAGCAGGGCAUGGUGCCCGUGGAGUGCUUGGACAGGAGCCUGGGUGGGCGGGCGGGGCUGCCCCCGCCGAUCAGUGUGGGGACGGCGGACUGGAGGGCGUCGAAGAGGGUGAGCAGCCUCGCGAGCCCGCGCUUUGCGAAGAUGACCUAA